UUCUAUUGAAUCCAAUUUAAAUCUAAUCUCCCUCAACUGCAACUACUGACUUCCAGUAUCGGCUGGAACUACAGUUCAGCAGAAAUGGCUACAGCGGAACACUUGGUUCACUCCUGGAUGGCAUCUGAGAGAAGGACUCUGAGAUUGACGAGACUUGGAUGGUUAACGUUGUUAGACACUAUAAGUGCUCUCGAUGAAUUCUUGACAUCAGAGGAGGAUCGCUUACAGAUGAAAGGUGUUGAGUUCCUCUCGUCUGUUCUGGGACAAUGUCCACAUGAAAGGCUCAAUCACCAGGCUAUCUGCAUGCUCACUACAUUUUGUUGCAGCAAACUCGAAGAUAUUGAGACCAUCAUCCCUGCACUCAAAGGUCUCUCUUACCUUUUGGCUGAGGUGAAAGAUAUUAUCAACGCUAUAUUCGCCAACGUCAAAAUGAGAGCCCUCAUUAACCUUGCAGUUGGGGAGAAAGACCCUCAAAAUCUCAUGUUGGCAUUUGCCAUUGCUCGAGUCAUGCUUGAUUUCUUUAACAUAACAUUCUGCUACUUUCCUAUCACUUUCCGACCACCACCUGACGAUCCCUAUGGCAUCAGUGUAGAUGAUCUGAAGCAAUCUCUUCGUCCACUUGGCAUUCCAGUCUUUUUAGAAAAGCUCACUGCUGGAUCACCUUCAACCAAGGUUACUUUUUUGAGACACUCUACACAGUAUAUGUCCAUCUGUCUCCUGGUCUAUGGACCUCCCGUGUCAUGUGAGUUUGGGAAGAAGGUGUGGAGCUCUCUGAAACUUGAAGUAAGAUCCCAAUAUUUUCGACUGACUGAUCCAGAUACCGAGCAAUCAGCCCUUGAUACAGUUCAAGUCCUUUUCAGAACCAUUCAUGCUGAUAAUUUCCAAGAUGCAGUAGGUGAGGACUGCAUAAUGGGCCUUGCACAAGACAUAGAGCCUGAGAAAGCCCAAGGAAGAGCUGUGAUGAAGGUUAUAUGUGGUUUUGCAGGAGCUGAUGGUGAUACUACGCAUGCAUCCAUUCCUCGGUCUUCCAACCCAUCAUCUUACCCACUCACUGCAUCAAAGGACAUCCUCCUUGGGCUCCUCAUCAUCAGUCUGAAAGCACCUGUGACGUGCCUACCAGCACUGCACGGUCUGACCACACUUGUGCACACUCCUAAAUUAGUAGCUGAUGAUGAGCUUGGGUACAUAGUCCUCAAAGUAAGCAAGCUUUUAAGCAAGGAGCCUGAUGAAGCUCAUGGUUUCAGCAUGGACACCCUCGCCCUCCUCACUGUCAUCACUGGUAUCACACCACACCAUCUAUCAUCACAGUCACUCCCAAUACUUUUUCCUCCCUCCCAGAUUACCCUUUGUGUGCAACCACAACUUUUUGAGAUGCUGAUGGUCAGGCUUAUCACUAAACUUGACCUUCUCUGUGCAAUUUCACCUACUUGGACGAUUGAACAGGAGAGUACAGCUGCAUAUGCCCAUGCUAUUCUUACAGCACUCACAAAUACACUCGACGCCAAAGUCUCUUUAAAUGAUGCAGAUGUUCCCAACUCAGAAGUGAUGGCUGUUGCUGCAGAUCCCAGGUUGCUGCAAGUUGGGGUGAGAAUCAUCAGACUUGUGAGUCAGACCUUCAAUGUUGUGUGGCAAGAAAAACUUAUUGCAGCUGUGUUUGCUGCUUAUACCCAAGGCCUCUUAAACUUGGCAGCACCAUUCGCACCUCUCCAUUUGAAUGCCAGUCCCCAACAAUGGAAUGGUUUCACUCUUUUCUCUUCUACCAUUGUCCCAUUAUGCAAGGAGCUCAUGCCUCUUCUACUACGCAGACUUGACCUCACUGACCCAUCUAUUCAUUUGCACAUUAUUAACACACUGUCAAACAAUAUUGACAUUACAUCGACUGAUAAGGACACUGUCUCUAU